AUGCAAAAGGCGAUGGAACGCCGCGAGAAGAUGCUCAAAGAGAUGGGCCUGACGCGCUUGAGCCCGACGCCGAGCGGCGUGGACGCGUACGGCAGCGCGAGCUGCAGCCCGAGCCCGAGCCCUUCCGGCGGCGCCGGGUUUCUCUCGCUCAGUGCCACGUCGCAGCCGCGCUCGCCCGGGAGCUGGCCGGCUUCCCCGGGCGCGGGGGGCCGCGACAUCCUCACCGUCGCGGUGUCGCCCUCGAGCGUGAAAGGCAUCGAGGACGUGAAAGACGAGGACGAGGAGGACGACGCCGCGCUCGUGUGCCGCGUGUGUUUCGAAGGCUACAAGCUCAGACCGCGCGAGCUUCUCGGGGUGUACUGCUUCUGCAAGCGCGUGGAGAACGCGCCAUCCGCGGGGGGGCCGGGCGGGAGGCGAGGCGCGGGGUAUUCCAGCGUCUCGCACUUCAACGCGAUUCACUUCGCGUGCCACGCCGCGGCGCGCCGCGCGGACGUCGCGCUGCGCACACCGAAGCGCGAGUGGGAGGGCGCGGCGCUUCGAAACAGCGAGACGUUGACGAACAACCUGCUUCCUAUCCUCGCCGCGCGCGUCUCUUCGAGCGCGUACGCCGCAGCGGUGGAGUCGUGGUGGGAAAACGUCUCCAACGUCGGGCGCCCGGAGGCGGUCUCCGCGCGUCUUCGCAUCGCGAUCGGCGACGUCGCGAUGCUCAUCGGUCGAUUCGCGACCGGCGCGUCGUUCUCCGCGGACUGCCACGGCGGCGGAAGGGAGAGCAACGCGCGCGCGUUGCCGUUUCUGUUGCAGCUCUGCGCGCACGAGCUGCGGCGGCGGGAUCGCGCGACGCCGGCGCCGCGCGGGUCCCCGCGCGCGUCCCCCGGGGCGACGACGUCGUCGUCGGACUCGCCGUUGCCCGCGCUUCGCGACGCCGCGGAGGCGAGGACGUGUUUGGAGGCGCUCGCGCGCGGGAACGUCAAGGAUGCGGCGUCGUCGCACGCGUUCCCCGCCGCGCUCGUUCUGUCGACGCUGGUGACGCCGCGCGACGCGUGGACGGCGAUGCGACGCGACGCGUUGCGCGCGACGAUCGCGCACGCGGCGCGCGAAGGCUCGGCGUGCUUCGACUCCGCCGCGCCCGCGAGCGCGAAGGACCCUGAGGGGGACGGGGAGGGGGAGGGAGAAGGAGGAGAGGAAGGCGGCGCGCGCGACGGCGACGGCGCGACGACCGAGAGCGGCGGCCGCGGCGCGUUCGCGGCGUCGAAGCCCGCGUUGCUGUUCGUCGGCGUGGUGGAUAAGUUGCACGAGCUCUUGCAACCCGCGGGCGGCGGCGGCGGCGGCGGCGGCGGCGGCGGCGCGUCGCGGGCGCUGAACAUCGGCGAAGACAUCCGCGAAGAGAUGGAAGAGGAAGAGGAAGAGGAAGAAGAGGAAGCGGAGGAAGACGCGACGACGAGCCCGGUGUCUGCGGUCGCCGCUGAGGCGGACGCCGCGGCGACGUCGCCGGCGAUGUCGCCGGCGAAAUCCCCCGAAGCGAUCGCCGCGGCGACGGCGCAUCGCGUCUCGCGCGCGCUUCGCGACCUCCCGCGGAUGCACGAGCUCGCGAACGAGCUCAUCGAGUUCAUCGAAGAAGCGGAGGACGCGGAGGACGCGGUCGAGUAUUUCGACAUCAUGCGCGCGCUCGCGGAGGCGACGGCGGAGGGCGACACCGCUGACGCCUUCGUCGACGCGGCGUUCGCGAACGCGUGGUAA